UUUCUUGUUAGUAAACACUGAACAGUCGUUUUCGAUGUUGUAGCGAAUCGAUACUAUAAUUUUUGAGUGAUGACAUUCCACCAUUUUGGUCUCCCAGUCUACAACAACUAGACUAUUAUAGUAAGCUAUGUAACUGCGAAACAGUAAAAGUAAACACUGAAGACUGAACAGCGAUAAUAUUGUCAUAAUAGGACAGUUGAUGUAUUGAUAUCCAUUAGCGGUGUACAGACAACUAGAAUAUUAUAAUAUUACUUUUACAGCGAGGGAUACCAAUCACCAAAUAGGCACCUAAUAUUAAUUAAUUGGAUGCUGGUAAUCAUUUCUUUUCGUUGUUAACGGACCUAGUCAAUAUGUCCGAUUCUGACCGAGAAGAAAUUUCCAUAAACACAUCCAAUAUGUCUGAUUCUGAUGACCAUGAACAUGAAGAAAUUUCCCCGAACAUUAUCAGAUACGAACUUGAAACUGUCCUACAUCGAAAUACUGUUAUUUAUACAAAUCCUGUUGUUUGUGUUUCCAAGUUGCGUCUAACAAGCUAUGAUCAAAAUUUAACUACAGCACAUCAGUAUUUAGGAAAUAGACUUCGCGAAGCUACUGGGCGUACAGUAUAUGAAGAAGGUGUUAUUCAUGUACUACCAAUUCUGUUUUUAAAACUAAACUUAAUGCCUGGACAAAUUCUGCCAAUAAUAGCUCAUUCUCCAAAUAUUAAACUUGUAUUAAAGUAUGCCAUAAACCGUAAUCGUUCAUUUGGAGUUUGCUACCAAUAUAAUUUAAAAGGUCCCACAUUUGGAACAAUUGCUGAGGUUUAUGAACACACUGCAGACAUAGAAACUAGUGAACCGUUACAAGUUAAAGCUAUGGGCCAUCAACGAUUUGAAAUUGUAGAAGCCAGAGAAACUCUAGAAAGUCAGCAAUCAAGUGAUCUUAUUUUGGUUAAAAUCAGAAUCAUACCAGAUACUACAUUAUUUAUGAAUUCGUUUAAUAAACUGUGCUUACAUCCAAAUAAACGUCAUUUAAAUCACCGUGAAAUGUGCCGUAAGAGAGAUAUGUGGCAAACUCAGUGGCCAGAUUGGGUUUAUAAACAGUUUGAUGUUUAUAAAUUGGCAUCUCAACUUUCCAAAAAACUUAAAAUGAUGUAUAAAAAUGUAAAAAUCUCGGAUGAUCCAUUUUUAUUGUCAUUUCAAGUAUUAAGACUUGGUAUGUUCAGUCAAGAAGAUGUAAGCGAAUUACUUGGCAUUGAGUCAACAAACACACGACUUCAACAUGAAAUAACAUUAUGGGAUAAACUACAAAAAAUGCAAAAAUUCCUGUGUAAUCAUUGUAAUACUCCAAUUUGUGAUAUGAGCAAUGUGUUUCCCAUGUCUCCUGAAGGACCGCAAGGUACUUAUUGUAACUCUCUUGGAAAAAUCCAUGACAUGAUUACAGUAACUGAACUAGAAGAGGAUUUACAUGAGAUAACAGUAGGAAUUCCAUCAAAUGAAUGCAGCUGGUUCCCUGGGUAUGUAUGGACAAUAAUUUUGUGCCCAGGGUGUCAUAACCAUUUGGGUUGGAGGUAUAUGGUAGAAAAAAACCCACUGCUAAGUCCAAAAGAAUUCUAUGGAUUAACUCUAAGCUCCAUAUCAUCUUUUGAAAACUACUUUGUGCCAGUUAGAGACAGACAUGUGGAUCUCGAUGAUGGAGAAAUGUUAGUAACAUUUUAAGAAAUCUUUUAAAUUGUCUGUAUUUAUUAUAAUAACUAUUUUAUAUAAAUAAAAAGUAUGUAAUGGAGCCUUAAUGUAUAUAUCAUAUUUAUUGCUAUACAUACAUUUAAAUAUUUCUAUCAUUUAUUGAAUUUUAAAUAGUAUUAAAUUAUUUUUUUUAUUAUUUAUGUCAUUAAGACAGCUAAUAGAGCAUAUUAAUAUUACAUAAUUAGAUGUUAGCAAUAACAAUAUUUUUAAAAUGAUAAUCUAAUAAAAUUAAGAUGUUUUGAAUUACUUUUGUAUUAUACAGUCUAUGUCUAAGAAAUUUUGAAUCAUGACAUAUAUUAAUAAUUAUGGUAUAAUAUAUAUACAUUACAAUAAACAAGCUUUUCCUGUA